CUGCAACUCCAACUUUUUGAACAGUCUGGUGGUCCGGUACUCGAGUACGCUCGGCUGAAAGAGCUAUUCGGUGAUUGGCCAGAGGACCUUCUUCAGGCGGAUUUGGUGGAGCUGAGAGCGAAUUUACAAGCACACCAGUUAUUCAUCAAAACUGGCGAGAGGAUUGGAGAUGGAAAUAAUACUAACGAUGAAAGUGAAGCUGAUGAUUCACCUGGAGAAAAACAAACAAAAGGAUGCUACAACGUGCAGGAACAAGGUCCACUCAAUGAAAGUCAGCUUGGCUCCUUAGCAAAGCCGACUUAUCUUUUUAUCCCUAUCGAUAAGCGUCUGAAACACGCUAGAAGAUGUCAAGCGAAUAAUGAGGCUGAAGAAGUAGAGAACAGAGCAAAUGAAGAACAUGAACAGAAUGAAACUACCACUAAUAUUGUACAAAAUGAAUAG